CCAUUGCUGUUUCUAUCUCUCUCUCUACGAAGAAAGAAGAAAGAAGAAAGAAGAAAGAACGGGUUUGUAGUUGGUCGUUGCGUUUCUUCUCGUUAAAAACAUCAUCUUCACUCUCAGUUACCUAUUUUUUUUCUAUUCCUCUCUAAACGCGCGAACAGAAUCUGAUUCUGAGAUCUUCUUACAUUUUCAUUGAUCUGUCUGCUGGUGUGAUAUCUCUUUCCAUAGUUGAAUCAUCAUUGCUCUUUGUGGUAGUGAUAACUGGGAUCUAAGAUCUCUCUCGCUGGAGGACCGUGUGUGUAAUUAUACAAUAGCUGGUCUGGAGUGUCUUUUCAAUAUAAUCAGGGCCCUGAGAAUGGGGUCCUGUUUAUCUGCAGAGAGCAUGAGUCCUACACCGGGCUCUCCUUGCUCUCCUGGCUUUGGUGUGAAGAAAAGAAAAAACUCUAAGAAGAGACUUGGUUCCAGGAACUCCUCCUUUAAUCACAGGAGAGAUGAUGAUGAUCCGUUGUCUACGGUUCCGGGUCGGAUGUUCUUGAAUGGAUCAAGUGAGGUUGCUUGUAUCUUCACUCAACAAGGCAAGAAAGGGCCUAACCAAGAUGCCAUGGUUGUUUGGGAGAACUUUGGUUCAAGGACAGAUACAAUCUUCUGUGGAGUGUUUGAUGGGCAUGGUCCAUAUGGUCAUAUGGUUGCAAAGAGUGUCAGAGAUAGUCUCCCUCUCAAAUUAAGUGCUUAUUGGGAACCUAAAGUACCUAUUGAAGGUGCUCUAAAGACCACCACCACUGUUAAUAGUGCCGACAACAUCAACAACUCUGAAGAUGCUGAGGAGGAGAACAUGGAAGAGACACAUUCUGAGUUGUUUCAAACUCUAAAAGAGGCGUUUCUUAAGGCUUUCAAAGUUGUGGAUAGAGAACUUAUAUUCAAUGGAAGCGUUGACUGUUUCUGCAGUGGGACAACGGCAGUGACUUUGAUCAAGCAGGGUGAUUAUCUCGUUGUUGGAAAUGUUGGGGACUCUAGAGCUGUGAUGGGGACAAGAGACGGUGAAAAUGAUCUUGUUGCUGUUCAACUAACUGUGGAUCUCAAGCCAAAUCUCCCAGCUGAGGAAGAGAGAAUUAAAAGGUGCCGUGGACGUGUGUUUGCUCUCAAAGAUGAACCUGAAGUUUGUAGAGUUUGGCUGCCAAACUGUGACUCACCUGGACUUGCAAUGGCACGUGCUUUCGGUGACUUUUGUCUGAAAAACUUCGGUCUAAUCUCCGUCCCUGAUGUAUCAUUCCGUAGAUUAACCCAAAAAGAUGAGUUUAUAGUGUUGGCUUCAGAUGGGAUAUGGGAUGUACUCUCAAACGAAGAGGUAGUGGGGAUUGUAGCUUCAGCAGCACCAUCUCGUUCCUCUGCGGCAAGAGCUGUAGUUGAGUCUGCGGUUAGAGCUUGGAGAUAUAAGUACCCGACCUCCAAAGUCGAUGACUGUGCUGCGGUUUGCUUGUAUCUAGACUCUAACAACACAAACGCCAUAUCUACAGCUUCUUCCAUCUCCAAACUGGCAGAUGAGGAACUAGAAACCGCGUCUGAGAAUGAUGAUGAAUCAGGACUAAGCGGUCUAGGCCGUUCGAGUAGUGUCAGGACGAGUAAAGAGAUUGCUGAUGAGAAUGAAGCUGAAAGGCUGAUAAAAGAAGAAGAGGAUAAUAUGGAUACAGAGCAUGGAACAGAGUAUUCUGCACUAGAAGGUGUUGCAAGAGUUAAUACACUUUUGAACUUGCCAAGAUUUGUGCCUGGAAAGUGAAAAGAAAGAAGAAGAGUUUGAAGUGAAGAAAGAGAUAUAAUCAAAUAAAAUCCAGGAGAGAUUGUCUUUUUUUUUUCUCACGUUUCUACAUUGAUCUCUAACGAUCAAAUUAAUUGACAAGAUGAUUUUUUUUUUGUGCAAACAUGUUCUCCAUUAAUUAAACUUGAAGAACCUUACAAUAGUUCAGAGUUUUUACAGCUCCAUUAGCAUUAUAAACUGUCAAUUUGGUGGCUAAA